AUGCGACACGCCGCCUUCGCCGCUGCCGCCGCCCCCCUAACGCACGGGGGAGCGGACGUGCCGGCUCAUAAUGCACUCGGCGGUGGGGUGGGGGGAGCGUCGCGGCGCAACAUUCAUAACUGCUGGAUUGAGCCAAACAUCCGGUAUGAAGAAUUCGAAAUGCCUUCCAAGAACCUGAAACACAUGAACAUGGGGUACAGCAAGUCGGAGGACGAGAAGGGCGUCGGCCCGGGGGACUUCGACGCCGGGACCCCGGAGUCGCUGCCCAGCCCGGAGCGGCCGCCGCUGCGACACAUCGACAAGUACAUCCGGCCAGAGUGUCCCUGCCUGACCAAGCGCUACACCAUCGCCCUGCUCACCUGCGUAGGUUUUAUCAUCUCCUUCGGCAUGAGAUGUAACAUGGGAAUGGCGAAACUGAAAAAAAUACACGGGAUGGCGGUGUUCAACUGGACGGUGGCCGUGGAGAGCGCCGUGGACUCUUCGUUCUUCUGGGGUUACCUGGUCACGCAGGUGCCCGGCGGUUUCCUGGCGUCCGCCUACCCGGCCAACAGGAUAUUCGGGACGGCGAUCGCCAUCUCGUCGUUCAUGAACCUUCUGGUGCCGGGCGCGACGUCCCUUCACCCCGCCUGCGUCAUCAUCGUCAGGAUAUGCCAGGGCUUCGUCGAGGGCGUGACUUACCCGGCGUGCCACGGCAUCUGGCGCUUCUGGGCGCCGCCGCUAGAGCGCUCUCGGCUCGCGACGCUGGCCUUCUGCGGCUCGUACGCCGGCGUCGUGCUGGGCAUGCCGCUCUCCGGCAUGCUGGCGGGGGGCAUCAGCUGGCAGGCGCCCUUCUACUUCUACGGCGUGGUGGGCCUGCUGUGGUACUUGUUCUGGCUGUGGCUGAGCUUCGAGAAGCCGUCGAAACACCCAAGCAUAUCGGCGCGCGAGCUGCAAUACAUCGAACAGUCGCUGGGGCAGUCGGUGAACCAGGCCAUGCCGACCAUGUCGACGACCCCUUGGGGCGCCUUCCUCACGUCGCUUCCCGUCUACGCCAUCGUCGUCGCCAACUUCUGUCGCUCCUGGAACUUCUACCUGCUCGUUCUCUUCCAGGCGCCCUAUCUCCAGAGCUCUUUCAACAUGACCAUAGAGGAGACGGGGUUCGUCGGCGCGCUGCCCCACUUGCUGAUGACGAUCAUCGUGCCCCUGGGAGGUCUGCUGGCAGACCACGUCCGCAAGAAGGGCUACCUGACCACCACCAACGUGCGCAAGGUGUUCAACUGCGGCGGCUUCGGCAUGGAGGCGUGCUUCUUCAUGGUGGUGGCCUACGCGCAGACCAAAGUGGCCGCCACGGUAGCGCUCACCCUCGGCGUCGCUUUCAGCGGCUUCGCCAUCUCCGGGUUCAACGUGAACCACCUGGACAUCGCGCCACGGUACGCCAGUAUCCUGAUGGGCAUGUCCAACGGCAUCGGCACCAUCGCCGGCCUCAUCUGCCCCAUCGCCAUCGAUAACAUCACCAAAGACCAUACGCGAGACAGCUGGAAGACUGUGUUCAUCAUGGCGGCGAUGGUGCACUUGUUCGGCGUGACGUUCUACGCGCUGUUCGCCUCCGGAGAGCUGCAGCCGUGGGCGGAGCCGGCGGCCGCGUCGCCCGCCGCAGACAAGAAGUGGAACCCCCUGGACGAGGCCUACCAGCUGGACCCCGGCCGGCAGCUGCCGCCCGCCGGCGACCAGCCCACCUCACCGCCCCCACCUCCCGUCCCGGGCGUCCCCCCCAAAGUGCGUGCCAACCAGCCGGUAGCCGUCUAG